AUGGCCACCCAAGUUUCCAAGGCAUCCACCUGCUGCGGCAAGAGUGACGUCUGCGUCUGUGCCAAGCAAGCAACCUGCAGCUGUGGCAAGCAGUCAGCUCUCCACUGCACCUGCGACAAGGCCGCCACCGAGAACGCCGUCACCGGACCUCGGUGCUCGUGCCGUGCCCGUCCGGCCGGUGAGUGCAACUGCGACCGCGCCGCCGCCGAGAACGUGACUCCUAGCGGAAACGCCUGCGCAUGUGGUGUCAGGCCUGCGGAUGCCUGCACUUGUGAGAAGGGAGGAGCCUCGGGCGUCUACGACACCGCCAACGAGACGGAUUUCACAACCAAGAAAUAA